CUCGCUCCUCAAGCGCUCUUCAUAUGUGCAGAGUUAGUGCAGUUUCUAUGAACAUCUUUCCACAGAAAAAGAGGAGAUAUGGCGACAGGCAAUGCUGAGGAGAGAAACAGUGCCAAUAUUUUGUUAACCGGGACACCUGGAACCGGUAAAACCACCCUUGGACAGGAGUUAGCCGAACGGCUGUCCAUGAACUAUAUCAAUGUGGGUGAUGUAGCCAAGGAGAAAGAAUUAUACGAGGGAUGGGAUGAUGAAUACGAGUGCCCGUUCUUGGAUGAAGAAAGGGUUAUUGAUGAGUUGGAUGAUGUGUUGAGACAAGGCGGCUGCAUCGUGGACUAUCACAGUUGCGAGUUUUUUCCCGAGCGCUGGUUCGACUUUGUCUUUGUGCUGCGUACAGACAACACAAACCUGUACAACAGACUUGAACAAAGAGGCUACAGCGGUAAGAAACUCGAGGACAAUGUCCAGUGCGAAAUCUUCCAGACCAUUCUUGAGGAGGCGGUCAGCUCCUACCUCCCCAGCAUUGUCUUUGAGCUACAGAGCAACACGCCCGAAGAUAUGGAGUCCAAUCUCUGUACCAUCGAGGAGAUGGUCAAACGAUGGACGUCCAACAAGAGAUAAAAGUAAAAGACACUCACUGAAGGCCGGUUCAUGCUUAGAGCAAAAGUGAAUGCAAAUGUAAACUUGUGACGUCAUGGCAAGCAUUCAAUCUGGAAAUUUUCCAAAAGUUUGAGGGGAGGGUUUCUUGGUUUUUGGAUGUGGCAAUUGUUAAAAUUGAAGGAAAGAUUUCCAUAUACGAAGUUCACUCAACACCCUGUGUACAAACCCUAUGAGAUUGGACUGAAAAA